UUCGUUUUCCGAAAAAGCAAAAUUUAUUGAAGCUAUGGGUAAAGAAAAUGAACAGGGUCGACGAGCGAUCUGGACCAGCUUCUGACAACAUGUGGGUUCCCUAUCCUACAUCCGUGGUAUGUUCAGACCACUUUACGUAUGACUGCUUCACGAGAGACCCUAGGGCACAACAAUCUUGUGGUUUCGCUGAUUUUAAGAAACUUAGAUUAGAGAAGACAGCUGUUCCUACACUAUUUUCGAGGAAGGAAAAAGACGGAAAGACAUCGCCGUUCAUCACGUCAGAGCCAAGACCUGCAUUCAAGAAACGGGAAAAGCGAAGGGUGUUAGCUGAUGGAUUUGCUGAAUAUGACAAGAAAAUCUCAAGCAACCAUUCAGUUGAUGUCAGUGACACUGUUAUUGAGGAGCAGGAAAACCUUUCAACAGAUGUAGAUUCAUCAGAGGAGGGACAUGUUCAACAGACAGGGUUUUGUGAUUCAACCACACAGACAGUGAAAACAAAGCAAUAUGUUAAAGGUUGUCAGACAACUAGGACAACAGUAACACAGGGGACCCAGACAAUGAUGUCUACAGUUUCAGUGGGCACCAUGACUGAUGCUGUUUUUGUUACUCCAUCUUUACCCUGCCAGACGUCCAAAGAAUGGAUUUCACCAUCGUCUCCGUUGACAGAAUGCGAUACUGGGGGAUGUGCUGACAACAUAAGUGCUGAUGGUAGUGAUACUGAAACUGAUGAUGAGUGGACACCAGACCAUGCUGAUUUUGAUAACUCUGAUGAUGACCUGAACAUUACACUUGAUGACCUAGACAUUACAGACACUGACACCGGAAAUCCGAUGUUGGAGAGGAAGUACAUUGUGUUCGAGUCCAACCUGAAGGACUUGCUGUCUGUGUGUAGGACUUGUGGACAUUUUUGUCGGGUGUAUUUGAAGCACCAUCUUGGCUCUUUUGCUUCAUUCCACUGCGAAUGUGAUCGAGGACAUGUGUUUAAGUGGGACAGCCAGCCCUCUCAUAGAAAGCUGCCACUAGGGAACUUUGUACUGGCUGCAGGUAUAUUAUUCAGUGGUGGAAGUGCCCAGACUGUUUUGAAUGUGCUGGCUAGGUGUAAUGUGGCAUGUAUGACAGAAAGGACAUAUAGGAAUAUACAGUCCAGUUACCUUAUCCCUGCUGUAAACAAUGUGUGGGAGGACUCCUUGGAAAUGGAACUACAGUUGUUGCAGGAUAAAAAGGUUAAAGCAGGUGGUGAUGCUCGCUAUUGCUCCCCAGGACACACAGCAAAGUAUUCCAGCUAUUCCUUGAAGGACUUGGAAACUGGCAAAAUUUUGGCUACUGAACUGGUUCAGGACGCCAAUGUAGAGGUCACAGACUUGACAACUGAUCGCCACGUCAUGGUCAAGAGCCACAUGAAGAAACAAGAGCCUGAUAUUAACCACUGGUUUGAUGUGUGGCAUGUUGCUAAAGGCAUCUACAAGAAACUCGUUUCUUUGGCAAAAAAGAAAGGGUGCGAGCAGAUUGGAGACUGGGCCCAUUCCAUUUCUAACCAUUUGUACUGGGCCGCUUCGACAAGUGAUGGGGAUGGUGAGCUGGUGGAGCAAAAAUGGGAAUCCAUCUCAAACCAUGUCUGUGAUAAACAUGAAGGCCAUGGAGACCGUUUCCCAGCAUGUCAGCAUGCAGCGCUGGACAAGUCAAGAAACUGGAUUCUGCCAGGCUCUAAAGUGCACAAGGAGCUAAAGAUUAUUGUAUCCAACAAGUACAUCUCCAAAGACAUCAAACGUCUGUCUCCAAGAGAACAAACCUCACAGCUUGAAUCCUUCCACAGUCUUGUGUGCCAGUUUGUUCCCAAAUCGUUGCACUACUUUUAUGAUGCCAUGAAAGCAAGACUCUUGAUUGCUGCUCUGCAUAACAAUGAGAAUGCAAACCGUGGACAGGCUCAUACAAGUGAUGGUGCCCUAAAGUGGAAAGUGUCGUACCCCAAAGCAAAGAAAGGAGGCCACUACAAAAAAUACUAUGUCACAGAGCUCUUCGAUCGAGCCUUCAGUCUAAGGGAAGAUUUCCCAACCUAUGAAAAAGCUAGGAAAAUAAAAUCUGCACACUGUCCUCCUUUGCCAGCUGCCCGUGCUAACCGCGUAGAUGUUACUGAAGCAGUGAAAAACUACAGGUCCCGCUUCAACAAAAGACAGUAA